CCCUCUCUACCUCUCCUUUCUCUCCCUCACUCCCUCCUUCUGCUGCGAGAGGAGAGAUGACAGAAAGAGCAGCUUUGCUGUGAACAGCUGAAGCGAUGGGGAGAUGCCCCCUCUCUCCUGUUACCCGAAUGGCUGCCCUCUGCUGUCUGCUGGUUGCAGUGGCGAUUCGCCCCGUGUCAUGUGACGAGGGGCAGAAAAGUGCAGAGAAGCAAGGGGAUGAAAGGGAGCAGGUGAAAGUGACACAGAGAGGCUCGCUCUCAUCUCAGCUGUCCGUCACAACUCAGGCCACUCCCACCCCACUCUGGGUGGUCGUUUGGGGUCCCACAGAGAUGAACGAAGACGAGACAAGCCUCUUUGUGUCUGGCCAACAAAUGGAUCAUUAUCAAAAGGCAACCAAGCCUUGGAAACAACACCAGAGCGCUCCAACCAGUGGACCGCAAGAGAGCUUACUGGGAGAGAGAGAGAGAGACAACCAUGAAGCUGGAGAAGGACAAUUCAAUAAGGAGGAACCAGAGGAAGUUGACCCUCAGUUCUAUGUCACAGUGACCAUUUCCUCAGUGUUAAUUGUGUCAGCAAUCAUCAUAACAGCUAAACUCUGUUAUGAUCACAGAAGUUCCUGGCACCCCCCGCCUCUUUCCCCUGCUAUGGCUCCCUCUCUUUCUCUCUCUCUCCCUUGUUCCCUGGCUCCAGAGGGAAGCAGACAGACACUACAGAGCACUCCCUCUGUCAGAGACAGAAUGCCUGAGGUGAUCAUUUAAGAAGACUCAGAAGAUUGUUUUAAAAUUAAACGAUUGCAUUUCUACUUUGUAUUUUGAUCGUGUCAAAUAGCACUUGUACAUUAUUUUGUUUUUUAAACCGUGAGACAAAUAGGUGUCCAUAGUUGAAUUUGUAAAGAUAAUCUCAGCUCAUCCUGCUCCGUCUGUACUGCAUAUGUGCAUAUAUCCUGAUAUUACAUCUGUUUUGAUGCCUUUAUAUUACCCAAUGUAUCCCUCACUAUUGCUUGUCUUAGAAUAUGUUAACUUCUGUUGAUAUGUACCCCGUGACUUCCCUUUUUGGGGCCAAGCCAUACGUGAUGUGCUUAUUUUUUUAAAAACAUAUUAUUAAACCAUCCAAAGAGUUGUUUCCAAGAAGCACUUUCUGUUCCUUAAAUGUGUGUGCUAAUGUCCAGCAACCAUUGCAUUCCAACGAAAUGCCUCCCAAAUUGGAUAAAUAGUGUGAAAAAGAAAAUGAAGAAGUCAUUUCAGGCUAUAUGUUUUCAAAGUUUAUUAAAGUAAUUGAAGAAGGUUUGGAUUCGCUUAUUAAUAUGAGGCAUCUUGUAGGCUUACUUGCCAAACAGAUGCCUUUACUUUCCACAUUCAUUUUAUCUGACUGUUAACCAAAAAAGUUUUGCAGUUUGAAAGCUUUCUUAUGGCACACUCAUUGAGAAACACUUCCUUAAUCAACAGUGCAGAAUUUUCAAAGAAGGCCAUUAAUUUCUAUUAAAACCAUCGCAGCUAGACUUAAUCUAGCACUGUCUCCGUCAUGCAGCAUGUCUGAAGUCCCAUUAACGGCCAGCAAAGCAAGAAGCCAUAAGCAACCAAAGCAUUAUUGACAGUCUACUGUGUUGUGUACCAUGUUAAUUAAAUGACUCCAACUCCAACUCCAGCUUGCUCUAGCUGGAGACGAUUUCUAUAAACACAGAUCAGUAACACACUAUGAUUUCUGUUGGAUGUUCAUUCAGCAGUAGUACGCCAAGACACUCUCAACCAGUGCUAAUUUAAUCAGAACUCAAUGCACAUUAACAUGCAAGCAGUCCGAUGUUGAAAAGUAAUAUUAUGCCAUAAAUAUUGUUCCAUUGUAUCAAAGCAGGAUUCAGUCCUCUAUAUUUUUUGUGGUGGGUAAUAUUUAUUUAUUUAUUUAUUUAUUUGGGGGGGCACACAGGUGUUUUAUAGUGUUCAUGUCAAUCAUGGUUUGGCAGUAUUGCUGGUUCUCAUGUGUGGGUCUUUGUAUUGUAAGAUGUAAUCUGUAUGUGAUAGUGUGGUUCAGAGUGAAUGACACAUGCAAUAAAACUGUUCCUCUGUG